UAGGUGGAGUCGUUUGCACCAAAACCCAAUAGCUGCUGCUGUUCUUGCUGCUAUUUUUUUUUUUUUUUUAAUGAUCCUGUUUCCACAGCAGGGGAAGAGAGAACUGAUCCUCAACAUACUCCCAGAGAAUGAAUAAUCACAAGAAACUGGCUUAAGCAGCUCCCUGGAUCUGGUGCAUGAUUUCGAUUGAGUUUGAUUUGGUUUAAUUUUUUUAUUUUUGUUUAUAUUUUUUUCCCCAAGUCAUCGUUCGUGUUUUAUUUUCUUCAUUUCUUCCUAUUUUUUUUUUUCACCUUUUGGGAGAUUUGCAAACCGAAUUACAUGCAUGUCCAGUGGGGGAAGGUUUAAUUUUGACGAUGGAGGGUCGUACUGUGGAGGCUGGGAGGACGGAAAGGCUCAUGGCCAUGGAAUCUGUACCGGCCCGAAGGGUCAAGGUGAAUAUUCGGGCUCCUGGAGUCACGGCUUUGAGGUGCUGGGGGUCUACACUUGGCCCAGUGGCAACACUUACCAGGGCACCUGGGCGCAGGGCAAGCGCCAUGGCAUUGGCAUGGAGAGCAAAGGGAAGUGGGUGUACAAAGGAGAGUGGACCCAUGGAUUUAAGGGACGGUACGGGGUCCGAGAAUGCACUGGAAACGGGGCCAAGUACGAAGGCACCUGGAGCAAUGGAUUACAGGAUGGCUACGGGACAGAGACCUACUCGGAUGGAGGGACAUACCAGGGCCAGUGGGUCGGAGGGAUGCGCCAGGGUUACGGCGUCCGGCAGAGCGUUCCCUACGGCAUGGCCGCGGUUAUCAGGUCACCCCUGAGGACGUCCAUCAACUCCCUGCGCAGCGAGCACACCAACGGCACGGCGCUGCACCCCGACGCCUCGCCGGCCGUGGCCGGCAGCCCGGCCGUGUCCCGGGGGGGCUUCGUCCUCAUGGCCCACAGCGACGCCGAGAUCCUCAAGAGCAAGAAGAAGGGCAUCUUCCGGCGGUCGCUGCUGAGCGGGCUCAAGCUCCGCAAGUCCGAGUCCAAGAGCUCCUUGGCCAGCCAGCGGAGCAAGCAGAGCUCGUUCCGGAGCGAAGCCGGGAUGAGCACGGUCAGCUCCACCGCCAGCGACAUCAACUCCACCAUCAGCCUGGGCGAGGGCGAGGCCGAGCUCUCUGUCAUUGAAGACGACAUCGACGCCACCACCACCGAGAUCUACGUGGGCGAGUGGAAGAACGACAAGCGGUCGGGCUUCGGGGUGAGCCAGCGCUCGGACGGGCUCAAGUACGAGGGGGAGUGGGCCAACAACAAGCGCCACGGCUACGGCUGCAUGACCUUCCCUGACGGCACCAAGGAGGAGGGCAAGUACAAGCAGAACAUCCUGGUCAGCGGCAAGAGGAAGAACCUCAUCCCGCUGCGGGCCAGCAAGAUCCGUGAGAAGGUGGAUCGGGCCGUGGAGGCGGCCGAGCGGGCGGCCACCAUCGCCAAGCAGAAAGCGGAGAUCGCGGCGUCCAGGACCUCUCACUCCAGGGCCAAGGCAGAGGCGGCUGUGACAGCGGCGCAGAAAGCUCAGGAGGAAGCGCGGAUCGCCAGGAUCACUGCCAAAGAGUUCUCGCCUUCCUUCCAGCACAGGGAAAACGGACUCGAAUGCCAGAGACCGAAGCGCCAGAACUCGAGCGAUGACAUUGAGGUCCUGUCCACCGGGACCCCCCUCCAGCAGGAGAGCCCCGAGCUGUACCGCAAAGGGACCACCCCGUCCGACCUGACCCCCGACGACAGCCCGCUGCAGAGCUUCCCUGCCAGCCCCUCCUCCACGCCCCCCCUGGGCCCCUCCUGCAGGAACAAGAGCGCCCACUUCUCCAGGCAGGUCUCGGUGGACGAAGAGAGGGGUGGGGAGAUCCAGAUGUUGCUGGAGGGGCGUGGCGGGGAUUACCUGCGACCCAACAGCUGGAGCAGCGAAGAGAAGGCCGGCGGGACGCGCGGCGUGAGAAGCGGGACCCUGCGCGCCGGGCAGCUGGGGGCGGCCCCCGCCCCUGAAGACUACAGAGGUCGGAGCGGAGGACACAAACACUCGGCCUCCAACCACAAGCAAAGAGAGAGGUGGACAGAUUCCCCUGCCACGGUUUCAUGGACUUCCCACCACAGGUCCCACAACCACAGCUCAGGGAGCUCCAAACUGCUUGAGCUGGACGAGGAGAAGAUGAGCAAUUACGAGAUGGAGAUGAAGCCCCUCAUGAGGAUGGAUUCUUAUAUGCAAGAGAUUCACACCCAAAAAAGACACUACAGCAAAGGGGGAGGCUGCAGGAGCAUGGCUGACGACCACCGUGGGGAAGAGCGGGGCUUCGGGGUUCAGAGACUGAGGUCUAAGUCCCAGAACAAAGAGAAUUUCAGGCCAGCUUCCUCUGCAGAGCCCACGGUGCAGAAACUGGAAAACCUGAGAUUCGGGGACAAAGCUGAACCUCGGCUACUAAGGUGGGACUUAACCUUCUCCCCGCCACAGAAAUCUUUACCUGUUGCACUAGAAUCUGAAGAGGACAGUGGGGAUGCGCUCAAAUCCAGUACGGGUUCAGCUCCCAUCCUGGUAGUCAUGGUGAUCUUACUAAAUAUUGGAGUCGCCAUUUUGUUUAUUAACUUUUUCAUCUAAUUCAAGACUGUCUUGUUUGCAAAAAUAACAGUUACAUGUAUGAAUGGGGGAAAAAAAAACAAACAAAAAACAAAAACAAACCGGAACCAAACAACAACAACAAAACAAAGGGAAAAAUCAUAACUCGAACUGUCCUCCGACAAUUUCCAAGUCUUUUCACAGAAGAACAACAAACGAUCGAGUCUCACUCACAGUUUGCCUUUUUUCCUGGGUAAUGUUUUUUGGAUUUUAGCCAAAAUUCUUUGCUUGUAUAACACUAUGCUGUGUGGCAUGGCAAAAUGCUAUCAACACUCUGCCCCCCCAACACUGGGAAGGAUGAGAAGGAAUCCCAACAAAAGAAAACCUCGUUUCCCUUCCCCUCACCCCCCAUCCCAAAAAAAAAAUAUGGUCAUAACAACAGUAAUGAACCCCAAACUGGAAAUGAGCUGGGGGGACCAUGGGGAGAGUUUGUUUGAUGUAUGUACGGGUGCUGGGAUGCUCCAGGCUGAGUUUCCCAGGGAAAUCCACAACAGCUUUAAUGACAAAUGAGAGAGAAAAGCAAAAUCAUGCUUUUCUCCCUUUGGAAAUGGAGGAAUGUUGCUGUAAGAAGGAGGAGGGAAGGAGCACAGGGAAGGCAUGAACCCUGUCUGGAUGGAAAAGAUGGGAGAAGGGGCCCCAUUUUGGUAUUUGUUUUUAAAACAAAGCAGCAAUUGGCCUUUCCCAAAAUUCCUUGGGGCAGGGGGGGAAUAGGGAACAUGAGGUGUGAGCAGCAGGCCCACCACCCUCCUGCCUUCACUCCUCCUCCCCAGGCUGCUCCCCGACAUGGCAAGGCUGGAAAAACACCCAGUGCUACUUUUAAUUCACAGCCAAUUUCUCCUGGGUAAAAACAUGUCCCUGGAUUCCCCCCAAAAAAAACUUGGAGGCACCAUCAGCAACCCGACUUGCUGGUCAUUGUGCUGUGCUGGUGAGGAGCAUCCCAGCCCAUCCCAUCCCAAAGUGUGUGCACGGAGAUGCCGGGGAGCAGAUUGGUGGGGAGGGACAGGGGAGAGAGGGCUCAAUUCCGACCCACUUGGGAUAACAAUAAAACAAAACCAAGCAAAAAUAAACCUGUUUUUCCAAGGCAUCUGGGGAGGAGCACUGGAGCAUGUCCCAGAGAGGAGGGAGAGGGUGGUGGGUUUGUCUCUUACAUCUUGCUGUGGACUGUUUCAGACAUCAUGCUUGGGCUCUGAGCAUGUAGUAUUUUGCACUUUGUAAUGCAGGAUGUAUAUUCCAGCUUCCAACAUGUCCCUGUAAAAAAA